CUACUCAUAAGAACUUCAUCAAGUGCAGACACAUGAAUCCACGAAUGAUUCUCUAUUUGUCUUUUUGAAGAUUGGUGUUUCCCUUUAAGAACCAAAGUACCACCACGCAUCAGCUUCAUCAAUGUGCUUGUCUUGCCUCACGCCGCUGCUCUCAAACGGAUCUCAUGCAUCUCAGACCAGCCCCGUGCACGCGAGCAAAGGCACACCGCUCUGGCGGAGUCCUAACCAGAGACUGGAAUCGCAGUGUAAUCAAGAAAGGAGGCGGUAAACCAUCUCCGGUAUAACGAUGGAACUGUAAAAUAAAUACGGAAGGGGGAAACAGAUGGCACAGCCUUCGCCUGUGGACCCAUCCUGUGAAAGAAGCCUCAUAGAUCCUCAUAGAUCCUUCAACGAUUGCCUGAGUCGGGCGAUCUACGAGCUGCUCAUUGAACAUCAUUCAGCCCGCUGGCUGUCACUGCAGAUCUGAAGCUGCAGAGUGAGAGAGAGACACAGAGAUAUAUACGAAAAGAGAGGGCGAGAGAAGCUGUCUGGCUCCAUGUCUGCCCCUGCGCCUUCCACCCGGAGGUCUGUGUCGGGCUCACGCAGGUUUGACUACUGCAGGUUCAUAGAGCUAGACUACAUUCCAAUGGAGACAGACUAUAUGGUUUCAAUGCGCCCAACGGAACGAGGAUAUCUCACUACCAAGUCUCCGGAGUGGCACUGUCGAAGGACAGCUGCCCCAGUCAGCAACAGAGAUCCCUAUGGCAACGCCUCUCUCAGCAGCAGCAGCACUAACUCUGGCUCCUGCAAGGGCAGUGAUUGCAGCCCCACCAAGGGGCGUCACAUGAAGGCAUACGCCUCAUGUACAGAUAACCAUGGCAUCCGCCCCCCUCCCCCAGAGCAGUACCUCACACCCCUGCAGCAGAAGGAGGUGUGUAUCAGACACCUGCGGGCCCGCCUCAAGGAGUCAGUCGACAGGCUGCAGGACAGGGACUCUGAGAUCGAUGCGUUGAAGACCCAGCUGUGUCGGAUGCAGGAGGACUGGGUUGAAGAGGAGUGUCACCGCGUGGAGGCCCAGCUGGCCCUGAAAGAGGCGCACAGGGAGAUCCAGCAGCUCAAGGAAGUGGUGGACGUGGUGCGCACCAGCCUCAGCUCCAGUGACACCACCGACACCGGCGUCCAGAAAUACUUCCAGGACAUCAACGCCCAGAACCUCAAGCUGGAGAACCUGCUGCUCAGCAUGGAGCUGGCUCAGAACGGGGUGGCCAAGGAGCAAGAGGCUGCUGCAGCAAGAGGAGUGGCAGGGGGGUCUCGGGCUGGAAGGCCUGGGACUGCGGGUUCAUGGCCUGGGAGUAGUCCCGCUGCAUCAGGGACUGGAGGGGGUGGCUCCAAGAGUCUGUGUGGGUCCUGUGACGGCUCCCCCGCCCGUUCUCUGACCCAUAGCUCUACCUACACCAAGCUGAGCGACCAAGCACUGGGGGAUAAGAACGGGAACGGCCUGUCAGGGGAGGAGAACCAUGAUAGCGGCUUUGUGUGCUGUGGGGAGAGUCACAGUCACAGGGCAGCCAGCAGUCACAGGGCAGACAGCAGUCACAGGGCAGACAGCAGUCACAGGGCAGACUUACUCCUGGAGGCAGCCUUCCUAUCUGAAGAGACAGCCUCACUGCUCAGCACCUACUCCCACCUGCCACAGUCCUCCACCUACGAGAAGCUGUGCACCGGGCAGGACAGGGUGGUGCCCCUGCGCUGUGCCAUGGGUGGGGCGGGCAGCACCAACCACUCCUGUCUGUCCCACCACCACCUGUACCUGCACCACCUCAGGGAGCAGGCCGUCCAGACAGAGAGCUGCCCCGUCCCGGUGGGGUUGGGCUACGCCUCUGACCUGGACACCAUCACCGAGCGCACCUUCCGCUCUCAGGCCUGCAGCCCCACCUCCACCUGGGUCUCAGAUGAGGGAGACGACCUGGACUCGGUUACCAUGACGUCAGUCACCAUGACAACUCUCACAGCUACAACAGCUGAGCCCGCUCCUGCUACUCCUUUACCCAGCUCUGCCUCUGUCUCCUGUGUAGUGGAUAUGGCCUCCCUAUCAGUGAAGGAGGAUGGGAAGAUGGUGGGAGAGUUGGAGCGGCAUAUAGAGGUAGUGGGGGAGGGCGCAGUGGGGAUGGUAGAGGUAGGCAAGCAGCAGGAGGAGGAGGAGGUGGGGUUGGUACAGUUGUGUAAGCAGGAGGAGGUAAAGGUGCUGGGGUUGGUGAGGGAGGGGAAGCAGGGGGAGGUCAGGGAGUUAGAUCUAUAUAGUCAGAGGGAGGAGGUUUUGGAGGUGAAGAAUCAGAGAGCGGUUGAGGAGGUGAGGUCAGUGGAGGUGGAGGAGCAGCCCCACACCUCCCAGCCCAGGAGCAGCUCGCUACAGGAGAUAGCUGGGGUGACAGUGGUGGAGGUUGAUGAUGAUGAAGAGGCUGAGGUUCAGGGAGCAGUAGGGGGAGCAGAGGAGUCUACCUCUUCUGAGUCUGGACCCGCAGUGAAGAGCUACUGGAGCCGCCACUUCCUGGUGGACCUGCUGGCAGUGGCUGUGCCCGUGGUUCCCACGGUGGCAUGGCUGUGCCAGGGGGCACGGCGCGAUGGACUGCCAAUUUACCACUUCGGCUCACUGCUGCGUGGCUGCUGCACAGUAGCCCUCUCCUCCCUGCGCAGGGGCGGGGGAGUCAGGCACUACCCCGCGGGCACAGGUGGGGGAGCCAUGGGGGGCACAGAGAUCUGA